UGGAAAUGUAAAAGUUGACACACCUCUCCUUCUGCUCAAAGCAUUCAGGGGAGUGUCAUACCUGCACUCGCAGCAGGGAUAUUUUUCAUUGAAUAACAAGGACGUCGUUUUUUAAGGUCCGGAAUCAUGCAAUAGAAGUUUGUCGGCUUUGCCAAUGACACAUGAAUAGAAGGACAAAGGAUGACAAACAUCAAACGCUAUUUUGUCAAGCACCUGAUCACCUUCUCCCUCCAGAGAGGAGAUGUGAAGACCGUGGAGGAGGCCCAAUCUCGUCUCCUCCAGCUAGCUCGGGGCAACAAGUUGUGGAGUCAACACAUGCUACUGGAUCUCGGCUCUGAUGCCGUUUAUCUCAGAGACAUUCAGACUAAGGAGGAACUGGAGAAGUAUUACUUGGACUCCAUCUUCCGCUGCGAGUCGGUUAACGGCGAGGAGCUCUUCCCGUCGGUCCUUCUCCUGGUGUGCCAAAGCCCCAAUGAGAAGAAACCAGAUGUUCUCUUCUUCAACUGUGAGAACAUGAAGGCAGAGCAACUCUGCGACAACAUCACGAAGGCCGUUUCCAAGUCGGGCCAGAGUAAGAGCAGUUCUGAUUCAAUCAGGUUUUCCCACGACGACGCAGACAUGAUCGACCCCUACGGCAUUCCGAGCCAUCCGAUGGCGCACGCUCCCAAUGCCCCGCCAAUCAACCCCCCGCCUUACCCCGGACCAAGAGCCAACGGAGGCCCAGACGUGUCCUUGCUUCGAGCCGAGCGAGAAGUGGACAUCCUCAAUCACUGCUUCGAUGACAUCGAGAGUUUCAUGUCCAAGCUGCAGCAGACCGCCGAGGCCGCCAUCGUGCUCAACCAGAGGAAGAAGAAGAAGAAAAGCAAAAAGCAGAGCGCUGAAGAAGAUCUGCUCACGGUGAAAGCCAGGCCGCCACCCGAAGAGGAGUUUGUCGAUAUCUUCCAGAAAUUCAAAUAUUGCUUCAGUCUAUUGGCCCGUUUGAAAUCAACCAUAGCCAAUCCUUCCUCUGAGGACCUUGUUCAUCACGUAUUUAAACCUCUGGAUAUGAUGGUGAAGACGACAGGGGGGCCGGCUCUGGCGGCCUCUGUGUCCAGCCCCGCCUUGACCGGCGCUGCCGUGUCGUUGCUGCAAGAGAACCUGAACGUGGAGGAGAGGACACUGUGGACGUCCCUGGGUCCAAAUUGGACGCACGCUCGCUCGGAGCUCAGAGGGCCCAUCGCUCCAUACACGCCUGUGUUCCUGGACGGCUGGAAGCCCGACAAGUUCUGGGCGGACGGGCAGGUCUGGGAGGAUCCGGUGGAGUCGCAGCACACACAUGAAGCCCUCCGGCUCAAACAAGAGCAGGAGCAACAGCAGCUCAACAGCCACAUCGGUGAUGACGUAGACACGGGAGGCUCUCCUGAGUCUGAAAAAGUCUACAGCUGCAGUUAUGACUUCAUCGCCAGGAACAACACUGAGCUUUCAGUGCAACAAGGGGAGACGCUUGAGGUGCUGGAGUCAUCCAAGCGCUGGUGGAAGUGCCGCAAUCGCUUCAACCAGGUGGGCUUCGUUCCCUUCAACAUCCUGGAGCCAGUUACUCACGCGGAGAGUCCCGUCACUGGCAAGCCGCCCACAAUCCCCCAGGCUCCGCCCCCGCCUCCGAUGGCCAAGACUUUCACCCCAGCCGCACCCAGCCAGCCCAUUGCGCGCCCGAACCUCUCCGCACGUGUUCCGCAAAGUAUGCCCACCUACAGCCAGCAUGCUCCUGCAGCAGAGGACGAUAAAGUUAUGUUGGUGAACGACGAGCUGCUACUGAGGCUGACUAACGGAAAGGCCAUCAACAGCAAGCCUCUGAUCAUCCCUCGAUCGGCAGACACCUCCCUUCCUCUCGACUACCAUUCCACACCCGAGGAAGUGACGUCUUGGCUCGCUGGGAAAGGCUUCAAUGAACCGACGGUGACGUGUUUGGGGGUCCUGACAGGCGCUCAACUCUUCUCGCUCAGCAAGGAUGAGUUGCGCGAAGUUAUUCCAGAUGAAGGCGCUCGGGUGUACAGCCAGAUGGCGGUGCAGCGAGCACUGCUGGAGGAUGCUCGGAGGGCCACAGAGCUGGAGGCUGUCAUGGAGAAGCAGAAAAUGAAGGUGGAUCUGAAAUUGGAGAGCAGCACAUUGUGAGCGGAGGCCUCACAGAUGAACUUUAUAGCAUAGCAUCAUUAUUACAAUGAUAACAUAUACAGUACAUACCUGAAAAUAGUGCUGCCAAGCUCCUGCCUGUGAAGAUCACUGUGCCACAUUUCUGUUUUGUAUUUAACGCAAGUAUAUAUCGCUAACUUAUAUAGUUCAAUGUAGAUUUUACCGUUAAUUGACUGUAAUAUUGAGCAAAUUAAAUGCGAGACUUUAUUCAAAUACAAUGAAAAGUACACUCUCAUGACCAACACUUUGUAAGAAUAACACCAGAAGCUCUUUCUGACACAACUGACAAGAUUUUACUGUCUGAACCCAAUCUACUCAAAUUCUAGUGUUAGGAAAGCAACCCAGCAUUGUUUUGGGGCACUUAAGAAAUGAUCAAAAUGCAAUAAUGACUUUAAUAAGAUUUCAUUGAGAACAUUUUAUUUUUUUAAUGAACCCCAGAGAAACCAGAUGACACCUUUGUAAACCGACGCAGCCGUUACAACCUGUUUGCAUGUAAUUACAAAGCAGUUUAUUUCUUUUAAA